UUAAAGGAUUUUCGUUUUGAUUAUCAAAACAUGCUAAUCAAUCAAUUCAAGUUAAACCUUAGGCUUGACUGGACUUAAUUAUUAAUAAAUAUUAAUUAGUAAUUAAUUAUUAAUAAAUAUUAAUUAGUAAUGGAUUAAAAGAUUUUCGUUUUCAUUAUCAAAACAUGCUAAUCAAUCAAUUCAAGUUAAACCGAAGGCUUGACUGGAUUUAAUUAUUAAUAUAUAAUACUAGAACAAUAUUAAUUAAUAAGAGAUUAAAGGAUGUUCGUUUUGAUUACUAAAUGCUAAUCAAUUCAAGUUAAACCAAAGAUUUGACCGGGCUUAUUAAUUGACAUUAAAGUCAAGCAGGUAAGAUCACCGUUCCUCGAUUACAUUCAGAUUACGUUCGCCUGAUAAACGAAAUUUUACCCAGCCUACACGGAUCUUCGAUGGCACCUCGUCGGUGGCGCAGAUCCGCGUAGGUUAGGUACCAGCGUCAGGCUGUCAAGAUGGUGGCUCCUGUCGUCCAGUCACACGUCACCAGCGAGUGAUAAAUAUCGCGGCUAUCGCGAGAAGAUGCGGACUCAGCGGCUUGAUAAGAUGAACUGAGGGCGCAGCUCUUACGCACAGAACGUCCGUCCGUCGCGCUCGUCGUGCGAUAUUAAAGAUACGUUCUUUCGCGCAAAUUCUAACCUCUACGCGUUGCCAGAUCGCGAGAUGAGGGUAUCGUAAGAGGAGCUUUCAGGGACUGCCAGUGACGAGGGUGGUAUGACGAUUGGUAAACGAACGUAGGAGAGCUUUGUGACGAGAUCGCCACGUGAAUGAGCGGCUGACGAGCGGGAACUAAGCACCGUCUGUACUGGCUCGCGCGCGUGCCCGCUUCGCACCGGGGAGAAGACAUGGGGUCGAGGAACGAGGAGAGCAGGCUUCCAAACGGCGACGUCCGGGUGGUGCACAGGGACGUCGACUGGGCCAGGUACGGCUUGCGCGACCCGGAGGCGCGGGAAAGCGAAGCGAAGAGGGCCAGCGGGGACGGCAACGAUGCCCUCGACCCGGAAAUGUAUCAGGCCGGGGUGAACGAGUUGUUCGCGCAGGAAUACAGUUCAGAUCCCUGGUGGAAAUCCAACUUCUUCAUCUCCCAGCCUGUGUUGUUUGGCACCUGGGAUGGGGUUUUUACGUCUUGCCUUAUUAACAUAUUUGGCGUAAUUGUAUUUCUGCGGUCUGGAUGGAUAGUCGGUCAGGCAGGUGUUCUGAACGCAGUAUUAAUCAUCUUUUGUACAGUGUGUAUCGCACUGGUGACGGUACUGUCAGCUGUGGGCAUAUGCGAACGGUGUAGAGUGGAAAGCGGCGGAGUGUACUUCCUGCUGUCGCACGUGAUGGGCUCCAGAUUUGGCGGCUCCAUCGGAUUACUCUACUGCUUCGGGCAGGCGGUGGGUUGUGCUCUGAACGUUUUAGGUUUUGGGGAGUCGAUGGCCGGUCUUGUAGGUUUCAAUUCGGCAUGGGCACAACGCGGCUUCGCGUGCGCGGCCGUUGUGCUGUUGUCCGUAAUUAAUGUGGCGGGUGUUAAGUGGGUUGUAAAAUUACAGUUUGUCCUCCUUCUGAUCCUACUCCUCGCUGGGGUUGACUUUAUGGUUGGAAGUUUCACUCAUACCAAUAUCGAUUCUGGUUUUGAAGGCUGGCUCUCAGGAAAUUUGAGAAACAACACCUUCCCCGAUUAUCAGGACGAAUAUAACUGGUUCACUGUAUUCGGUGUUUUCUUUCCCACCGUCACCGGUGUUUUAGCUGGAAUUAAUAUGAGCGGAGACUUGAGGCAUCCGUCUAGCGACAUUCCCAAUGGUACUUUGGCGGCAUUGGGAACCGGAACAUUCUUGUACUUGUGCUUUUCGUUGACUCUCGCGGCGACUUGCGUCAGAAACGCUUUGCUCACCAACUUUACCAUAGCGUCGACGGUGUCGGCAAUCUCGGUGUUGCUACUCGCUGGUCUCUACGUAUCGUCGUUCAGCAGCUGUUUGGGUGCCAUGUACGGCACACCUCGCGUUCUCCAAUCUAUCGCCAGUCAAAAUGUUAUACCAGGAAUGAGCUGCUUGCAAAGAGGGAGAGGACCAAAUAAAGUACCUAUAUACGCUAUGCUGGUUGUUGCUGUAGUAACGUUGACGUUCAUCAUCACCGGUCAAAUUAAUACACUCGCCCCAAUCGUGACGAUGCCAUUCCUGUUGACGUACGCCUGCCUGGAUUACGCGUACUUCGCCCUCGCGCAAACGUUUGAUCUUCGGCAUACGCGCGAGCAACGAUUCCGCACGCAGUCCCCGACAUUCGAUCGCAAUUACGGUUCCGCAAGUAGGAACAACUCGAUAACCGACACGGACAACGAUCUGGACAGUCUGUUCCCCGAGAGAAUAAGACACAAAAAUCUUAUGAGAAACAACAGUUUAUCCGACAAUAACGUGUAUGUGGAUUCGUCGCCGAGUAUCGAGGAUAAUGCCAGUGUCUCUAACACACCGGAACGAAAGGUUCACAUACACAAUAAGCUAGGAAAUUGGUACAGUCCUUUGUGCAAUAGAUGGUUUUCGCUGUUGGGCUGCCUCGUAAAAUUACUUAUAAUGUUUCUCGUGCACUGGGGAUACGCGCUCGCUAAUAUCGUCGUCGUAUUCCUCGUCUGGAGUUACGUCGGCCACGCUAAUCCUGCUGUAAAACCUGGAAUUGCUGCGGAAUUCCAAUUCCUUAAGUGGUUUCGGAUUGCAUUACUUCGAAUUAUGGGGAGGAAAGUUUACGAUUACGAGCAGAUAGUAGUGACCCCGGUGCAUCCGGGCGUUGAAACGUGUUCGGCUCAACUGAACGAGGAGAACGAGGAUUUCUCUGGAAGAAGGAGGUAUCAUCAAACCGCUACGGUUACAGGUCAAUACGUUAAUGACGACUAAACGUAUGAAAUUAGGCGCGUUCUUUUUGGAAUUACAUGCUAUUCCGUUAUUAACGAAUAAGCGCGCCUCUUAGAAUACGUUUUCAGUGGCGGGAACAGAUUGCGAACGCAUAUAUAUAUACUAAUGGCUAAUAUUUAAUAUCAUACUUCAAGACCUGAUAACGAGCAGCUUUCAGCAAUCUCUAUUAUUUCCAUUUUAUAACGUUGUCAAUCGCGCAAACUGCUAGUCUAACUUAUUUAACAUUUGUGCAUAUAUUUGUGCAUUUGCAAUGCAGUAUAUAUAUUGCAGCUUUAAGAGCAUUUGAACAAUCAAUGGGAUCAGUGGAUCGAUAUGUGAAAUUGAUUGUAUGAAACGUACAAAGAACUGAUGUAAUGGUAGCGUUAGAGAUUUUUUAUAAGUAUUUACCUAUCGCGAUUGGCGUACAGGGAUAAUCUAUUACCGGAAGAAAAUGACUUAUCCUUACAAUGUCAUUCAACUUAAUGGACAUCCGAGAGAAAAUAUUCAUUUCACCUGAAUGUCGAAGGCGAUAAGGUGUCCGCUAGAGUUCGUCUUCGAUGCGAGAUUAAUUUUUUUUUUUUUUUUUACGGAAUCGAGUUUUACGUUCCGCAGACAAUGACAAGUACGGCAAUCGCAUCGUGCAUGAAAAUACUCUGUAAAUACCUGAUAAUAUAUUUAUACACUAUUUAACACUUUUAUAAUUCUCGUACAAAUGCACGAACAAAUUUGUAACUACAGAAAGGAAUAUAUAUGUAUGUAUACAUAUAUAUAUAUAUAUAUAUAUGUAUGUGUGAAAGAGAGGUCUAAUAUAUAAUUGUUGUCAGUUUUCCUGUUUGUUUUGUGAAUCGUUUAAAUCUGCUAGAAACGAAUUGUUAGCGAAAAUAUAUUUAUUUUUUUAUAUAGAAGAAUCACUAUCUUUUCGGUUGUGUCGAUAACGAGCUACUAAACGAUAGUGUCAAAUUUGACCAAAAAAUCGCACUGUCACUAUAUAUCAUUAUUAUGUGUGUUAGAGGUAAUAGAAGGUUGUGCAAUGAUUAUUGUAAUGCAUUUAAGGAAAGGUCACAUGAUGUAUUAACGAAGAAAAGAAAUACAGGCGCAGUAUUCUUCGAUAA